GAUGACCACAACGCCCCUGACAGAAGCAGAGUGAGCAAGAGCUGAAACAAUGGCGUCGUUCUCCGCCGCAACCGUUCCUCAAAACCUCACCUUCUCUUCCUCUAACAAACUCUCAUUCUCUCUUCCACCUUCUUCUUCAUCUUCAUCUCACUUCCUCUCAUUCCCCACUUCUCAACCAACCCUAACCACUCGCCUUAUCACCUCUCACCAAACCCCACGCGCCCACGCUCCUCCUUCCGCCUCCGCCGCCGAAUCCUCAACCUCAUCCUUCCACGGCCUCUGCUACGUCGUCGGCGACAACAUCGACACCGACCAGAUCAUCCCCGCCGAGUAUCUCACCCUCGUCCCUUCCAACCCCGACGAGUACCAGAAGCUCGGCUCCUACGCCCUCAUCGGCCUCCCCGCCUCCUACCCCGCCCGAUUCGUCCAACCGGGAGAGACCAAGACCAAAUACUCCGUCCUCAUCGCCGGUGCCAAUUUCGGCUGCGGCUCCUCCCGCGAGCAUGCGCCUGUUGCGCUCGGAGCCUCCGGUGCUGCCGCUGUGGUGGCGGAGUCAUAUGCGAGGAUCUUCUUCCGGAACUCGGUGGCGACUGGUGAGGUGUACCCGCUGGAGUCGGAGGGAAGGCUGUGUGAGGAGUGUAGCACUGGUGAUGUGGUGACGAUUGAGCUUGCGGAGAGCCGUUUGAUUAAUCACACCACCGGGAAGGAGUACAGUUUGAAGCCGAUCGGCGACGCCGGUCCGGUUAUUGAGGCCGGUGGCAUCUUUGCCUAUGCCAGGAAAACUGGCAUGAUUCCCACUCGUUGAGCCCGUUAAACGCCACAGGACCACCAACAAGGCAUCUAAAUGACGGUGAGGGCAUGACUAAUACAAGGAUGCCAUUCAAAGAUAAGGGGGUAGGGCUGACAAAAAAACAGAUAAGGUGGUAGGAAAGAAAAGCCAUGGCUCCCUAGGUUUUACACUCUUGUCUGUGUGUCUGUCAAGUGGAUGUUUGGGUGGAUGUGGACUCCGAUACAUUGAAUAUUUUUGUUAUGGUUUACUUUUGCAUGCUUCAUAGGUUACAGAAAUUUCAUAAAACUAGAUGUUGUGAAACCAUUUCAUAGAGAAGUUCAUUGAUAUCCUUUUUUAUAAAGAAAAUUGAAUUCAAUUCUUGAAUAAUCGACGUCACUUCUCCUUCUAUUGUAACAAAAGAUUACUUCUUUCAUAUAUAAAUCUACUCAAUUCAGAAGGUA